GUCAAUGCUAGAUUUCAGUUGUAAUCGCAACAGUUGUAUAUAAACCUUGCUAUAAAAUAAGGUCUAAGACACUGACGUUUUAAUUUAUGACAACUAAAUAAUAAUAGUAGUGUUGGUCUUUAUUACUUAUUCACAAAUAAAGAAAAGGCAAAGAGAGCUAGUAUUCCGAUCUAUAUUUGUAUUUACUUCUAUAUCUUCAUUGCAUCUUUAGUGGAAAAUGCCGGCAGUCGUAGUAAGCGGCUCUGGUGAGAAUCAAGAAUUUGAAGGCAGGAUAACAGCGUAUGUCAUAGUUUGUGUGAUCAUAGCAGCCUUUGGAGGCUUGAUGUUUGGAUAUGAUAUUGGCAUUUCAGGUGGAGUAACAUCCAUGGAUGAUUUCUUAAAAAAAUUCUUUCCAGCUGUGUUUGAAAAGAAACAUCAUGCACUUGAAAACAAUUACUGCAAAUACGAUAACCAAUUCCUCCAGUUGUUCACGUCUUGCUUGUACCUUGCUGCUUUAAUAGCUAGUUUUGUAGCUUCAAAGGUGUGCUCAAAAUAUGGUAGGAAACUCACCAUGCAGAUUGCUUCAAUAUUUUUCAUAAUAGGCGUGAUUUUGACUGCUGGAGGUAUCAACAUCGAAAUGAUAAUUUUUGGGAGAAUUUUUCUCGGCUUUGGUGUUGGGUUUGCCAAUCAAGCGGUACCACUCUUCUUAUCGGAGAUAGCUCCACCUAAUCUUCGCGGAGCACUCAACAAGUUUCAGCUCUUCAUUACAAUUGGAAUUUUGGUAUCCAAUCUGAUAAACUACUUUACAACAAAUGUCCAUCCUCAUGGAUGGAGAAUUUCUCUUGGCAUUGCUGGUGUUCCUGCUUUGAUGCUUUGUUUGGGAUCUAUACUCAUUUGUGAGACAACUAGCCUUAUUGAACGUCACAAAGUUGAGGAAGGAAGGAAGGUUCUGAGGAAGAUUCGUGGUGUCGAAAAUGUUGAUGACGAGUUUGAUUCAAUUAUACAUGCAUGUGAGAUGGCAAAGCAAGUAAAGGACCCUUUCCGCAAACUAAUGAAGCCAGUUAGCCGACCCCAACUAGUAAUUUCCAUCUGUUUGCAAAUUUUCCAGCAAUUUACUGGAAUCAACGCUAUAAUGUUCUACGCUCCUGUUCUGUUCCAGACGGUGGGAUUUGGGAAUGAUGCUGCAUUGCUUUCAUCUGUUAUUACUGGCCUUGUCAAUGUGUUUAGUACUGUAGUUUCAAUAUAUGUAGUAGAUAGGGCUGGCAGGAGAAUUCUGCUACUUGAAGCUUGUGUCCAAAUGUUCAUUUCUCAGGUUAUUAUUGGCAUAAUCCUUUUCAAAGAAUUGAAAACCACAGGUGACAAUCUUUCCAAAGGAGAGGCAAUCUUUGUGGUGAUCUCCGUGUGUACCUUUGUCAUGGGCUUUGCCUGGUCAUGGGGGCCUCUUGGUUGGUUAAUUCCUAGUGAGAUUUUCCCUCUGGAGACCAGAUCAGCUGGUUUUGCCUUUGCAGUCAGCACCAACAUGCUCUUCACUUUCAUCAUUGGUCAAGCUUUCCUCUCAAUGCUAUGCCAGAUGCAAGCAGGAAUCUUUUUCUUCUUUGCUGCCUGGGUUAUCAUAAUGGGAGCCUUCACAUGGUUCUUGUUGCCUGAGACAAAAGGUGUCCCUGUUGAUGCUAUGGUUGACAAAGUCUGGAAGCAGCACUGGUUCUGGCGUUCUUUCAUGAUCGAGGAUGACAGGCCCGAUGUCAAGGUUGUUUGAUCCAACUACAAUGAAGUUCCUAGUUGUGUUUCAUUCUUUUUUCAUGUAAAAUUUACUGCUGGACACUACGCUAGCUUUUGGGCUCACUACAGGAUCGACCGUGACUACUCUUGUUAUUGGGUUGAGCUUUCGGUAUUUUAUUAUGGAAAAUAAAUGAGAAAGGCAAACAUUUUCACAUUGUUUCUA